AUGGUGGUCAAUUCGCCUGCCCUCCAGCCGCAGACGGUGCACACACAGAUAUGGCCUCUCAUACCCAUGCUCAUCAACCGGACACUGGAGAUCGUCUGCUUCCUCAUGGGCCACGCCUUCCCCCUGUUCUCGCUGAUGCAGAUGCCGCUCUCCCUCAUGGCACUGGGAGUCUUCAUCAAAGUCUCAGAGUGCACAGCCGUGCACCCAGCUGCGCCGCCGCUGUCGGCUGCCGCCGCGGACGCCGCACUGGCUGCAGCCGUCGCCGCGGCCGGGACGCCCCGGCCCUUCUGCUCCGCGCCCAUUAUCCUGGCAGCCAUCCUCAUGGUCAUCGAGAUUGUCAUAUUCCUGCUGGUCCUGUUCAUCACCCAAACGCAUCGCGAGCACCAGAUCAUGAUGCUGACUCACCGCAUCAUGGACGCAGACAUCGAAGCUGGCAGGGGCUUCAGAGAUCAUGCUCAUGUGCAGCCGGUGAGCCCAGUCAUGCCGGAGAGCACAAUCAAAUACUGCACAGUGGUGCAGCCCUGCGGGCAGGCCAUCAUGGUGGCAGUGCCAGAACAGGUGCUGCCAACUCCACCCAUCCAGCCAUCCACACAGCCCCACCCAAGGACGCCAUACCCCGGUGAUUCACCCCAGCGGCCUUCCCCAAUCUACCCGCCAACAGCUCUCCAGCUGUCCUUGAUGGAGUCAGAAUCGCGAGUGGCGGCGGCUGCUGUGCAAUCCGGGGGAAAUGGCCAGGGGUCGGAAGUAACGAGCGCGGGGUUGCCGGAAGCUGCGGCGGCAGCUCCCCCGGCGGCGGAAGCUGCCGGCCCGACUGCGCGGGCGCGGCGAGUCAUCCAGAUAGAUGUUGACGCGACUUCCUCGGGCAAGGCAGCUGCCCUCGUGCACUGGCAUGCAGAGGACGGCAGCCGGCAGAGCACGCCAGUGCAAGUGCAUGUGAGCUGGUCGCCUGUUGCAUCACCGCAGCAUGCUCUGAGGGACACUACAGGAUCAGGCUCGGGAUUGUCAUCUGACAAGGAUGCAGGAAGGGCAGACCAGCUGGAGUAG